AUGGCGAGGAUAUUCGACUGCAUGAAAACCACGUUAUUGCUUUUGAUAAUCAUCUGCAAUGAGCGCUCAAUUACUGUUUGUAUGCCAUGGAGUUUUCAAAGUGACCAGAAAUUGCAAACUCCGGCUAAGCUGCCUGGAAAUUAUCUUUGGCCUCCACGUAAACCUCUAACGAAACAAACAGAUAAAGGUUCUGGGUUUUUCUCCGUAGUUUCGAAUAGAGAAGACGACCUUAAAACGUUGACCACCAUCACAAUAAGAAGUGCUGGAUAUGAUUUUAUGACCAGUCAUGAAAAAUCUCUCAGAAUUCGGCGUCAGAUAAUUACUCGCACUAUAACCGAGCCCUCAGUCGUGUCCUCAGUUAAACCCUUUGCGGAAGACUUGGUCGAGCUGGAGCUGGAAAUGAGCCAAAAGGGUAACCCAGAGCCUGGGCCUGAGUGGCCAACUGCGAUUCAGGCCUGGGGAAAAGCCUGGGACCUACAUGUAUAUGUGUUUGCAGUUCUUUACAUCUUAAUCACAAUAGCUUCUGGCUAUGGACUUGCUUAUGAUCUCUUCAGAAAUCAAGGAAUCAAGGGACUCAAACUGACUUUGUUUCUGACAUUUUUAUUUCUGGGUUCCUCACGUGGUAUCAUGCUGCUCGUCGAUCCUUACAACUCACGAGGAAUUUUGGACCUCUACAGUUCGUAUGUCACGUGGUCAUUAGGCUUCCCGUGUGUCCUCACGGCCCUUGGUCUUUUGCUCUUGGUAUUUGGGGAGGCAACCAGUAUGGAGAUCGCCCCUCCACGAUUUCAGAAAUUAUCCACGGCGCUGGGAAUCAUGGCUUGCAAUAUAAUUGUAGUAUUGGGAGUAGAUAUCGUCUUCUUACUCGCCAAGAAGUUCAUCUCACUUCUGAUAAUUUGUCAUAUUUAUUUCGUCCUUUUUGGCAUCAUUUUGACCGUUGGUUAUUGCUGCGUAGGCUGUAAAUUAUCCUGCAACUCGGCAGCAAGUGUAUAUGGUGAUACAGGACUUUUAAGACUUAAAAUGUUUGUGUUCACCCUAGCAAUGCUGAAUGGUCUUUUCAUUGGAAUUCAAGUCUUCUCAGCUUUUGACUUCGUCCUUCAUCCAGGGGCUCUCAGCGCUUGGCCAUGGUACGCUGUCCAAACCUCCCUGCGGGCGCUGGAGGUGAGCAUGUGUUUAGUGAUGUUAUUGAUUGCAUUUAACAACAGAGUGAGAUCAUCGCCACCUCAAAUGAGAACUUCUUUUCACUUCCGCAAUACUGUUACACCGUUCCAAGCGUGGGAACCCUCAGAAGGGCAGAAAAGUUAAGAAGAUACUUAAAAAGAUAUUGGAGCUUCAGCCGGAGUCGAUUCUUAGAGCAAACUUUUAAUGGCAAAGGGAAAUCUUACAGCUAUAAUAAGUGUCUGCUGAAGCGUCAGUCAAAUCCUAUGCAUACGAUUCAUGCUCAUAAUAAUAUGAUACUUGUUUUGUAUUUCACCUGUGAGCUUAUUA